UUUUAGUUUUGAAGUCCACCUACAGCACUCUCUCUCUCUUGUGUCUCUCAGAAGAGUAGCUCCGUUUUCUUGAAAGAAAUGGCGUCAAAAACUCUAAUGCGAACCGGAGCUUCUCUGAUGAACCGGUUCCUAUCAAAACCAUUUCUCCACCCGAACCCUAAUGCGAAUUACCAGAUUGUAUCCCACGCCCUCGAAAUCACUCCCAAGCUAUUCCCGUCUCUCUCCAACUUGGACACCUCCCUCCGUUUCCCCCAAAACGACACCGAAUCGAUUACAAGGGUCUUCAAUGAGAGCUUCGUGCACCCUUGCGGCCUCCCUUAUCUCCCGCUCAUCUUACCUGAAGGAGAUGAAUCUUCAUCAAAUGAGCCAAUGAUAUUAUUUCCGAAGCGGACAUUCCAGCCUAGUACCAUCAGGCGUAAGAGGAACCAUGGAUUUUUUGCUCGCAAGGCAACAAAGGGUGGACGGAGAGUAAUUGCUCGAAGAAUAGCAAAGGGUCGUGCAAGAAUUACAGCUUAGCAUCUCUUACCCCGGCCGAGUCUUCAUUGAUCUUAAUGAGCGAAAAAUCUAGUUUAGAAGCUUAUGUUUAUCUUGGUGCUUCUUGUUACUGCUAGCCUCAGAAGUACCCAGGCGUUUAUAACUUUAUAUGCUUUUCAGGGAUUACCUCAGUAUUUUAUUUCAUAAUGUUUGCGAGUUUGGUCGUGCAGAGCUGAUUUGUAAUUUUGUACUAUCAUCUAUCCAAUUCACUCACAAUCAAGGUUUUAAAUAUCUGUGAUAUUUUCGA